UCGGGAAGUGGAGCCGGAGGAGGAGGGGCGAGGAGGCGAAGGGUGGGGAGAGGGGCGCCCCGCUUCCUCGCCAAGUGCCAGCCCUUGGAAGUAGCCCCCUCGGUUUUUAACCCUUUAGGGGGAAUGGGAAGGACGAGCUAGGGGGGAAGGGAACACCUCGGGGCAAACUCCUACUGGGGCCAAGACUUGCAGCUACCCACCCACCCAUCACUGCGUUCCCCACCCCCCGGAAAUGCGGGGCAGAGCUGGGAGCCUGUAGGCACCCGAACGGGGGAGGGAGGGCAACGAACCCGAGAGGGACCCUCUCCACGGACGGCCCCUCCUUCUUGAGGUCGCCGGCAAUUUCAAGUUUCCCCCGCCCGGGAUGUUAGUUUCCAUCUGCUGUGGGUGGGGGAGAAGGGACGCGCCCCCUCCCCCAGACUCGCGCGCGUGCCCCUCCCCUCCGCUCCUGCCAGCACUUUCUGCUCACUUCUGGCGCUGCAGAGCGCCACGCGAUUUAUUCGGUUCUCAUUUUUAAACCAGCGAUUUGGGAGCAGGGCCUAGGGCGAGGGUCUUCCAGCGCUGGAGCCCCGGGAGGCGGGGUGCUCGGUGCAAACCUCGUUCCCUCCGCGAGUGUCGCCUUCAGGCUGUUAUUUGCAAAGAAACGUCUUUUUGACGCAGGGAGAAAUGGCAAAUUUUAAGUACGUCAUUAAUAUGGCGCCAAAAGAUUUUUUUAAGUAUAAGCUUGCUUUUUUUUUUUUUUUAAGGUUGCGGGGGGCGCCGCCCGGGUCUGGGGCUCGAAGGGGGCGGGGUGUGAGCAGAAAGUGUGAGAGAGUGGAGGGGCGGGGUAUGUGUGUGAGUGUGUGAAGUGUGAGCAGACCUGAUGGGACUUGCACGGGCGCAGCCGCCGCUCGGGCCCGGCCCUGGGGACAGGGCGGGCUGGGGGCGCCCCAGAGCCCAUGGGGAGUCUGGGCCCGAGGUGCAGGCAGACGGGCAGCCGGGCAGAGCACCCUCCCCGCCCCCCCCCCCCCCCCCGAGGCCUGCAACCCUACCUGGACCCGCUGCCGGAGCCAAACAACCGGGCGGGGGGUGGGGCGGGAGACGGGGGGGGGGGUGUCAGGAGUGGAGAUCCGAGUGAAUAAGAAAAAAGUGGCUACUCCCCCUCCCUCGCUCCUCCCGCCCGCCCCCACCCCACCCCCACCCCAACACAUUUUUUUUCUAAAGAGAUCACAAGGAAGUCUUGGUUUAAAAAGAAACAGAAACAUACACAGGGGGAUUGGUGAAUGGUGCCGACCGCGGCCAUCGCAGUUGGAGGCUAUUUUUUUGGGAGGGGGGUGAGUAGCGUCCAUGGAGUUACUUUGUGCCCAUUCCUAGCGGCAAGGGCUUACGUCCAGCGGGCUGACCGUCCCCAGCAGGGGUGCGGGGCCGGGGACGCCGAGGGCCCGGCAGCCUCCCUCGCCGCGACCCCGGAUGGAUGCGCGCCCCCCGCCCGCCCGCGCCGGCCCCAGGAGCUCCGGGUUUCGGGAGCAUCCUUCCAGCGCCGGCCCCCGCCGCGGCGCGUAGUCCAGGGCAGCGCCCCUCAGAAGGGCACCGCGGAGGAAGAUGGAAGAGAAGAGGCGAAAAUACUCCAUCAGCAGCGACAACUCUGACACCACUGACACAGGAGAUCACAGCAUCUGGCCCUCUGUGGCCACAACCACACUGCCUGUGGCUUGUCUCAGUAGAGCCAAGAAGAACCGCAUCCUCCGCUUCUAACUCCAUUGCAGACGAAGGAACUCUUGAAGGCCAGGCACCUGCAAGAGUGGCUGUCUGGGCAGCUGCAUCACAGUUGGGCAAGGGUCACGCUACAUCUGCAUCAAGAUGCUCCAAACUGCCCAGCAGCACCAAGUCGGGCUGGCCCCGGCAGAACGAAAAGAAGCCCUCCGAGGUGUUCCGGACAGACUUGAUCACAGCCAUGAAGAUUCCAGAUUCCUGCCAGCUCAGCCCGGAUGACUACUACAUCCUGGCCGACCCAUGGCGACAAGAAUGGGAGAAGGGCGUGCAGGUGCCGGCUGGAGCAGAGGCCAUUCCAGAACCUGUGGUGAGGAUUCUCCCGCCGCUGGAAGGCCCCCCUACCCAGGUGUCCCCUAGCAGCUCUGAACUUGGUGAGGGCUCCCAGCCUGAUUGGCCUGGGGGCAGCCGCUAUGACCUGGACGAGAUUGAUGCCUAUUGGCUGGAGCUUAUCAACUCGGAGCUCAAGGAGAUGGAGAGGCCAGAGCUGGAUGAGCUGACGCUAGAGCGUGUGCUGGAGGAGUUGGAAACCCAGUGCCACCAGAAUAUGGCACGGGCCAUUGAGACACAGGAGGGGUUGGGCAUUGAGUAUGAUGAGGACGUCGUCUGUGAUGUGUGCCGUUCUCCCGAGGGCGAAGAUGGCAACGAGAUGGUCUUCUGUGACAAAUGCAAUGUCUGUGUGCACCAGGCAUGCUACGGGAUCCUCAAGGUGCCCACGGGCAGCUGGCUGUGCCGGACAUGUGCCCUGGGUGUCCAGCCAAAGUGCCUGCUCUGCCCCAAGCGAGGAGGAGCCUUGAAGCCCACCAGGAGCGGGACCAAGUGGGUGCACGUCAGCUGCGCUCUGUGGAUUCCUGAGGUCAGCAUCGGGUGCCCUGAGAAGAUGGAGCCCAUCACCAAGAUCUCACAUAUCCCAGCCAGUCGCUGGGCUCUGUCGUGCAGCCUUUGCAAGGAGUGCACAGGCACCUGCAUCCAGUGCUCCAUGCCUUCCUGUGUCACAGCAUUUCACGUCACAUGCGCCUUUGACCAUGGCCUGGAAAUGCGGACUAUAUUAGCGGACAAUGACGAGGUCAAGUUCAAGUCAUUCUGCCAGGAGCACAGUGACGGGGGCCCUCGGGGUGAGCCCACUUCUGAUCCCGUGGAGCCCAGCUCAGCUGGUGAGGACCUGGAGAAGGUGACCCUACGCAAACAGCGGCUGCAGCAGCUAGAGGAAGACUUCUACGAGCUGGUGGAGCCCGCUGAGGUGGCUGAGCGGCUGGAGCUAGCUGAGGCGCUGGUUGACUUUAUCUACCAGUACUGGAAACUGAAGAGGAAAGCCAACGCCAAUCAGCCACUGCUGACCCCCAAGACUGACGAGGUGGACAACCUGGCCCAGCAGGAGCAGGACGUCCUAUACCGCCGCCUGAAGCUCUUCACACACCUGCGGCAGGACUUGGAGAGGGUUAGAAAUCUGUGCUACAUGGUAACAAGGCGUGAGAGAACAAAACACGCCAUCUGCAAACUCCAGGAACAGAUAUUCCACCUGCAGAUGAAACUGAUUGAACAGGACCUGUGUCGAGAGGGGUCUGGGAAGAGAGCAAAGGGCAAGAAGAGCGACUCGAAAAGGAAAGGCCGUGAGGGCCCGAAGGGCAGCCCCGAGAAGAAAGAGAAAGUGAAGGCGGGGCCCGACUCAGUCCUGGGGCAGCUGGGCCUGUCCACCUCAUUCCCCAUCGAUGGCACCUUCUUCAACAGCUGGCUGGCGCAGUCAGUGCAGAUCACAGCAGAGAACAUGGCCAUGAGUGAGUGGUCACUAAACAAUGGGCACCGCGAAGACCCCGCCCCGGGGCUACUGUCAGAGGAGCUGCUGCAAGACGAGGAGACACUGCUGAGCUUCAUGCGGGACCCCUCACUGCGACCUGGGGACCCUGCCAGGAAGGCCCGUGGCCGCACCCGCCUGCCUGCCAAGAAGAAGCCGCCGCAGGACGGGCCUGGCUCACAGACGACUCCGGACAAAUCCCCCAAGAAGCCCUGGGGCCAGGAUGCAGCCAGCGGCAAGGGUGGUCAGGGCCUAGUGGCCCGGAAACCAACGCGGCGAACGCCUUCCCACCUGCCGUCUAGUCCCACAGCUGGGGACUGUCCCAUCCCAGCGGCCCCCGACAGCCCCCCCCCUCUGGCCCCCGAGACCCUGGACGAGGCAGCCCCAAUGGCUGCCGACUCGAAUGUCCAAGUGCCUGGCCCUACAGUGAGCCCCAAGCCCUUGGGCCGGCUCCGGCUGCCCCGAGAAAACAAGGGAACCCGGAGAUCGCCAGGUACCAGGCCUGAUGCUGGGACAGGACCGCCCUCUGCUGUGGCCGAGAGGCCCAAGGUCAGCCUACACUUUGACACUGAGACUGACGGCUACUUCUCUGAUGGAGAGAUGAGCGACUCAGAUGUGGAAGCUGAGGACAGUGGGGUGCAGCGGGCUCCCCGGGAAGCAGGGGCUGAGGAGGUGGUCCGCAUGGGGGUACUGGCCUCCUAAGUCACCCCCACCCUGUCCCAGGCCCUGCCCUGGUCCUCCCACGAGGCCUCAGCCCAGUCACAACUGCCAUUUCCAAUCUCUGCUGAGUGUCUCAGAUCCUUGAGACUGCCACUCUGUUGUGGUUUUAUUUUUAAUAUAGAGAGAGUUUUGAAUUCCACACUGUUGUCUUUCCUCUGUGCUGGCCUAGGACGUUAGAAUUCCUUCCACGGCUCUGGCCGCAGGGGCUCUAGCAGGUCCUGUGCCCCAUCCCUGCCGCGGCAGCACCCCGCCCCAGCCCACGCGGCAUUGCUGGGCUCCUGGCUAGAUGUAGGCGAGGCGAAGAAGAGCUCAGGACUCUAGCCCGCUGCCACUGGGUGACACAGACCGUCGUUUGGGCAUUAUUUCAUGGCAGAUGGGCCAGCCCAGGGCCUGCCCCGCCUUGCCCCCAAAUUCCACUGGGGUCCAUUUGGGGGGUCCUGCUGCACUCCACUGAUCCCCAAGGAAGUAUAAUAAGUGAUCCCCAGCCAGAGUCUACUCACUGUCACAAGCACAACGAGCUUAUACAAGAAAGCACUGAGGGGGCGCAGAGGGCCCGCUGGUUCCAGAGGAACCACCGCUGUUCCUGAUCAACCCACAUCAUCUGAGGCCUGCCCGCCCACCCCGCGACCCUCCACUCCCUUGCUGCUCCACCCCUGCCAGUGCCCAGCCCGGCGGCUCUGAGAAGGGGUUCCUAGAAUCCUUCCUGAGCUGUGCCAUUUACUCAGGGGACUCCCAAACAGCCAGCCAGCCGCCAGUGCCGGUGGAGGGCUGCAAGGGAGGGCCAGUGCCCAGACAGGGGCGUGGGGCUCAGACUCCCCCCACUUAGAGAAUUGCUCUGGGGCUCCAACUUCCUUCCUUCCUUUGGGGCCAGUCUCGGCUGACGUCUGGUCACUCCCAGACAGCUGACCUGACCAGACCAGACCGUUUGCCUUUUCAAAUUUUCCAGUCCUGCUAUGAGAUGAGCUUCUUCCUCGGUUUCCUUUUGGAAACUCCUCCUUCCAACAAGCAAGUGGGAUCCCGGGGCCCGGGGCAGGCCGUGUUGGCCUGCUGUGGCUUUCAAGUCUUGCUGGAUGUUCCUGGUUCCUCUGUCCCUGUGAGCCGUUACCCCCUUCCCUGGUUCUGCCCUCCCUACCCACCACCACCCACCCACCUUUUCUGUCCCAUCCCCUAGGUCCCAGGUAGUUGCUCUGAAGAGUGUCAGUGGAGUGGCCCCAGGGUGAUAGCUCAGGGAACAAACAAUAAAAGGAAUUCAGUGAAAACAUGGGUUUUUUUUGUUUUAUGAAUUACUCCUGGGUCACUUCCACCACUGGUGAAGCCAGAACUUCUCCGACAAGAAAUCUUGCAUAAGUCCAGUGAAUCAGUCGAAUCAUUCUGUGGAUGCCAAAGAAUAUUUUGACCAUAAUACAGCACAGCCUGGACCUGACAACUUGUCGCUUGGAUUUUUUUUUUUAACGGAGUUCUUUAGCAACAAAGUGUAGAGAGACAUGUUCAUUGUACACACCCAAGGAGAGGAGCCCAGGCUCUUGGAAGAAGAUGUUGUUUUGCUGCUGAACCGUUGGAAUUGGGACGCGGGAACCAGGUGUUGGGACUCCGGUCCUGGGCUGGGCCCACUGUGAGCUUUCCUAAACUCUGAGACUCACAGAGGGGAAGAACAGUGACAGCAAAACCAGCAUGGCAAAGGUCUUCACCAUGUGGUUCUCCACACACAAACACUCAACGUGCAAAUCGGCGGGAUGGGCAGCAGCUUGACCACCCACCCCUGACUCCAGAACUUCCAAGGUACGACAGUGGCAUUGUCAUCGACGCACGGUUUCAUGUGAAUUUUAGCAAAACGGGAAACAAAGCUAGGACUCAGUUCAGAAGAUCAGGCAAAUGUGUCCAGUUGGAGUGGACUCGGGGCGGGCUUCAAGGAUUCUGGGCGUUGGAAUGGCACAAGCUACCAUGUGGAAUUUAGUCUGCCUGCCGUCUUGGUAGUAACGGCCAGUGCAGUGUCCGCACCAGCGGCCCAUCCCCGUUCUCUGUUUACUGCCUUUGAACAGUCCUCCUUCCUUCCCCGUGCUUUGGGUCACAAUCUCGUCUGUGCCAGAUUGCCCAGUCUGACCUCACAGGGAACCAAGUGAGGAGCUUAAAGAACAACCAAACUCUGCCAGGGGGAGAGGUGGGGUGCCAGGAAUGGCUCCUGCCCAGUAGACUCCACGCUUGUCCCCCUCCCACCGCUUCAGGCAUACGGAGGCGAAGUCUGGGCUCCCUGGGGGCAGAGGCUAGGGCAGGAGGGCAGGAGAGAACACGGAAGGGAAUAUACUGCAGUGUGUCUGGCUGGGGUCAGGAAGGGCAGCCAGCACCCUUCAGGGGUACUCCACCCAAGUUGGCCUCUGGAUUCCCUUCUGUGUUGGCUCUUGCUUUGGACUGGACUAUCUCUGGGGCUGUGUCCUGCGCAGGGCUCAGGGAUCUGUUAGGCUAGCUGGUGGGGGAGGUGGGAGAACCUUAACUCCCAGACCUGGCCCUAGAGCUGUUCUUGCCCCGCAGCUGUCCACCUCUGGGAUGUCCAGCAAGACCACACAGAGGACAAGCAUACUGGUUCCCACCAUUAGCCACAGCCCUUUUCACUCUUUUUCCCAUCUCCUGUCCACAGUGUAGACAGCUUUGCCAACCCUGGGGUUGAGGCGGGAAGCAGGGAACGAGACAGAAGUCCUUUUGCAGGCCAGAGGCUGAGGCAGAUCUUUUGCUUGAGCACCUCUGCCCACCAUACUCACUGGCCCUCUCCCAGGAGGGAGAAGCUCCUAUUACUCCUCCUGGCUGCCAUCCACCCUUCUCCUGGUCCUGGCUGCACAGUCCUCCUCCUCAUCACAGCCAGGAAGGAUGAGGUGCAAGGAAAGUAUUUUUAUGGAUCACAAAUGUAUUUUAAAGUCAAUAAGGAGAAGAAAGGUAGAAGGGUUUGUUUUAUUAAAUGAGCUCUGACUUUGUGACAGUGUAUGAGCAUUUGCUAUGUCAGGGUCUCGGUUUCCUUAGAGAAGCCACCUGGGUUUCCGGACGUGGGUGCCAGUCUGUAGGUAUGCAUGUGCCAGGGCACGUCUCAUGUGUCCACAUACGUGCAUGUCUGCGUGUUGCGUUUGGGCAUAUUGUGGGACCUGCUGGGGCAAUUUCUAGAGCAUCGACUGCCCGAUGAUACUAACAGACAUUGGCAGCAGCUGAACUUGGCAUUUCCUUGCUCACUGCCAGAUGUGGCCAACCUCUGGCCAUGCCUGAAGCUCUGCAGAAUGGUCUGGAUGCCUGUACCAAGGCCCUUGGGGAGGCCACUUCCCAUGCCCCUGGCCCAGCUGGCCACAUUGGCCAAAGAGCCAGGGCUGGAGUCUGGGACUUUUGGUUGUUCUUUAAGGCACUUCCUGCCACCUUGUCCCUCAGAUGCACAACACUCUGUGCUCCACAAACGGCUCGGGGUGGGGGGAUGAUAUGAAUGUCACAGGAGGAGACACCUUCUGUCCUUGUUUCAAAGAAAGUGAUGUGCCAUUUGUUAAUAUACAAGAGAAAUAUUGAAAAUAUAUUGAAAAGAGCAAUUUUAAAUUAUUUUUGGCUUAUGUUGCAAUAUUUAUUUUCUUGUAUUAGAAAAGAUUCCUUUGUAGAGAAAAAAUGUAUUUUUCAUUAACGCAAAGACCUAUUUCUCCUUUUUGUACAUUGUCCAUGUUCGCUACCCUUAACGAGCAAUAGAAUGUAUGGCCGCUUUGCCGUGGCCAGUGCCCGCCAUGCCCUGCAUGAUUCUGUGUUGCCGCUGCUGCAUAGCUCCUAGUCCCAUCCUGUCCCACUCACUCAUGAGGGUUUCCAGACCCUGGCCCCAACCAGGGCCUGUGUCUCAAGGAGCCCUUUGCACUCCUCGUGUGUUGGCAAACGCAGUUAAUAAAGCAAUGUUUUCUGUG